AUGGGUGUGAUGUCUGCAAAUAGAGCAGCCACACUGGACUAUGAGAUCAAUCUGAAGUCUUUCCAAAAAAUCCAAGUCCGGGUAGUGCGUGAGCUGGAGAAAAAGUUCAGUGGGAAGCACGUGGUCUUUAUUGCUCAGAGGAGAAUUCUGCCUGAGCCAACUCGAAAAAGCCGUACAAAAAAUCAGCAAAAGCGUCCCAGAAGCCGCACUUUGACCGCCGUGCACGACGCGAUCCUGGAGGACUUGGUUUUCCCAAGCGAGAUUAUGGGCAAGAGAAUCCCUGUGAAACUGGACAGCAGCCGGCUCAUAAAGGUUCACUUGGAUAAAGCACAGCAGAACAAUGUGGAACACAAGGUGGAAACCUUCUCGGGCGUCUAUAAGAAGCUCACGGGCAAGGAUGUUAACUUUGAGUUCCCAGAGUUUCAGUUGUAGACAAAA